ACGGAAGCCGGAAACGACGGCUCUGGUUUCGUCACUUCUGCUUUUAAAAUGGCAUCCUCCACGGCAAGGCUGGCGAAGGCCUCAAUCAGACCCCAUGUCCCUUUAAUCAAGUUCCGGAAAGGUGGUGGCCUUGGACGGGAACAAGCUAAUACAGUAUCGACGGGCCCUUCAGUGGCAUCCAGCGCUGCAGCCGUCUCAAAAUCUGAAAAUGCGCCAGCGCCAUCUUCAAAGCCAGUAGGGUGCUUGCCGAGGGGAAGCGGCAUUGAGGAAUUUGAACUGCCUGCUCGCUACGGGCGCAAGCCAAUGUCCACGUAUGAAGGAGAAUACAUUCAGAGAGGUGGCCCAGAAUAACAAAAAUGACUUAGGAAUGUGUACAUAAGAGCUGCUGUUCAACUACAAGCAACUUUUUAGCUCAAUUGGAAAGAAAACACAUUUGUACAUAUGGUUAAAAAGUAAAAAAGCAUUUUAAGUAUG